AUGCACACCUACUCCUCGAGUUAUCGCCCUGCCCCUGACUCCCGAGUAACGUCCACAAGGAGGUCCAGCGCAACCGGCUACCUAGCGAAGCCAUGCGUUGACUCCCGGAUGAUAGCUCGUUUGCCGACGUUCGAGAUCCAAUCCCAUCGUAUCGUGCAGAUAGGAGAAGACGCUUGGGAGUUGUGGUCUCCAAACUCCAAACAGCUCCCUUUCUUACCCGGCUUGCUUGAGGAUCAUUUUCAAAUCGACUUAGCUGGCCGUCGCUCUGACCGACGAAGCGAUGGACACUUGGGAAGGUUCGACGCUUGCGUGUCACCGCAGUAUCCCACAGGGCACCCAUGCUGGGCCCCCUAUGUUCGACAGGCUCCUCCUUCAACAACGGGGUACCCGGAGUUCGCUUGCAUCCUGGACGUCACAGACCAGCGUAGCUCCGUCCGCCCACAGUACAUCAACGAGCUGCUACGACGGAAUGACCAUCUAGACGCCCGCAUUAAUGAACUUAGGGCCAACAGCAGUCGUAACCCCUCUAUAUCUUUAGAGGAUGUAUGGCGACGCUACAGUCCCACCUUCAGCAGAGACGACAUCAACAGCCUUCGUUCCAUACGCUCCUUCGACAAAGCUCUGGACGACAUAUCUCAGCUACAAAGGAAGUUCAAAUUGAAGGCAGCAUGGAUAGAUUGGGUAGCGCAGCAGCAAGCCACCACAUCUUGGUCCCGAUCGUCGAAUAGGGCCCCUGACAUGGCAGACGAGUUCUACAUGGGUGUUUGGAUCAAUGGCGAAUAUGAGGACGACAUUGACUCGUUCUUGGCGCACCGUAUCCCUUGCUUCAUAUCCCAUAAGCUGAGGGGAGACGAGUUAGACCGCCUGUUCGAUGCGGGGUACGGGCGGAGAGACACUACGUUCGUUCAGGGCACCCCCAUCGAAAAAUUGAGUCACCCCCACAAUCGAGUCGAAGCAUUCCUACGUAAGCAGCAGGUGAUAAUCACGGAAUCCGACAACGAUGACAAUAUAGCAACCGAAGAACCCUCUGACCCGCCAGAAUCCCUAGCUGCUUCAUUCUCGCUGAUCCACAGAGAAUGGUCGAGAGGGGGUCCGGCUCCUAUCGCGUAUAUCGCAAGCCCUCCGGCAGGCCAAACUGUUCAGCCAGCCUCAACCUCGACUUCCUCCCCUUUCUCGGACCUCGACUUUUCCAACUGUGGGGCCGAACCUCUUGACAUGGUGGAGAUCGAUCCAUGUCGAGUAGCUUGGAUCCGUCCCCCCCCCGUUAUGCGUCCCAUAGGAGGGAAAUGGGCAAAGUGGGCAGAGAAAAACGUGGACGGAGAAUUAUUCGUGGCCAAAGUGGGAAAGUCUUAUAGAGACUUUGAUGGAGUAUCCUAUUUCGACCGCUCGUGUAACCGUGAGGUCAUCUUGCUGAGCGCUGCGCAAAUACUCCCCGGGGCUGUCUCAAAGCCUGAAGUCUUUGGACUCCCCUGUCCUAGAUAUUUGCAUUUCGUCGAAACCCCCCAGAACAAAGCGCCGCGCCCCGCCAAGGCUUCCGCCUGGCUGUACCUGACCAAAGACCCGAUCCCCACAGAUGUAGGGCUACGAGCGGGGCACCCAGCAGCGGAAGAUCUACCGCUCAAGGACGAAUUCAGAGCGGGACCUUCGAAUCGACCACCGUCACCGCCACCUAGUCCAGGCAAUCCCCCAGGCAAUCCACUCCCUCCACUGCCAUUGAUGACCGAUCCUUUCAAUUCACCAGAACACAUGGGCGUUCCUGACAGUGAGCGCCCCAUCUCUCCAGUGGACUCCCUGAUGGGAGCUCCACCGGAGGUGGACUGGGAACUGGAUUCGGACGAACCUAUGGGACCUCAGAUCCCGGCUAGGUCCCUCGAGGAUUUCGAGAUGGAAGCUGUGGAUUUGGGAGAUGUUCCCUCGCCCCCUCGAAGUCCAGCAUCACAGUCGCCGAUUCAACCGUUCAGUGAGACGUUGGCUAGUCCGCCGCGUCCCAUGGCAACCCCGAUACCCCUCCGCCACCAGCCUAUUAUGAGUCCUCCAGCUCCCCCCUCUGCUCCUGAGCCCUCGCGUCAGAGCCCUCCUCGUCGUAGUAGUCGUAAACAUGCUCGCCAGCGUUCCCCCUCCCCUCCUCCGAGACGGAGAGGCGAUAGCUAUCGCCCGAGACCUCCCUCAUAUUCGAGAGGAAUCGACCGUUCCAACCCGUGGUCGACCACUGCCGCUACAAAUAUGUGGCCUGUCCCUAGCGAUCUUCAGAACCCUUGGGCUCAAACGUCGGGAACCAAUGCGUGGUCAGCUCCCAACACCUUCUCUGCAGGGCCGACUCCUCCUCCCUGGGGGGCAUCUCCAGGAUACAUGCCCUGGGGUACCAACCCAACGACCAUGGCUCCUUGGUCGGUCCACUACCCAGGGUACUAUCCCUCAGAGCAUGUUCAUAUGCCAAGCUGGCCACCUUACGGAUUCCCACCAGUGCCGGCUCACAGCUGUCCUUCAUGCCACAACUGCGCCUCAUGCGGUCGCCCCUCUGUACAAGCUAGUGACGAUAAUCUUCGCGAGCCCCCUCCUGACACGGUUGCGCCAUCGUUGCUGGGUCGCUUACGUUCACCAUCGGGUGGGGGUCCCUCUCAAGCCCCCUCCAUCACGCCGCCGAUACCAUCCCUCUCUUUGGCACAACGUUUGCGGAACCCUGCCACCUUAGCCGAUCGUUUACAACCGCCUACUUCAUUGACUCAGCGAAUACAACCGCCCUCUGAUUUCGUCCAAGGGUCCUCCUCCCAACCUCUACAGAGCUCUUUACCCUUUUUACCAGCCGUGGCACCCACUGGCCGCGCACGCCGUAGUCGCAGAGCAGGCCGAGCACAAAAGGAGGAAGACGAUAGGCGAGCAAAAGAAGGCAAACCACCAUCAGGCAAAGGGAAACGGAGGGAUCGGAGGUAA